GGUCCUACGUUGUAGCUGACUGAUUGAUACGAUCCAGUGCCUGGUUGUUUCAAAGUUCCGUUUCACUUCAUUCUUAGUGUCACCAUUAUUUUUGUAAAUGAAAAUUAUAACAGUUGGAAGAACAGAAAUUAAAGUGAAUGCCUCUGUUCCACCAUAACUGACUUUAGACUUUAUCAUGAAGUAUCUUCAAUCGUCCUAGGUUUUCAUUCAAACCUACAAGGACUGCUCAAAUUGGCACGCAAUAACUUUAUAAACUGUUAUAAAAACAGUUGAACAAGGAUUAUUCAGACGCAUAAAGGAUAAUGUCUACCUUGAAAUUAGAAGAUCCCACGGUAGAUGUUGGUGAUAUCGAAAAAUAUCGUAUGGCUUUCUUAAUGCAGUUUUUUGUACAACACAAAAGAAGAUUUCGAUUUCCACGUCUUCGCUUACAGGACCUGUAUCAAAAAGUUUUAAAAGAUCCAGAUCCUGUAGCAUUUUGUGAUCUUGCUGCUCGUAUACUUCGGUUUUUAAAUCAUGACGAUCCGGAUAUUUGUAUGGCAACUCUUGAUCAAGCACUUGAUCGUUUCGCAAUUGAUAAACGUACUUCAUAUAGAAUUAAUAUGCAACGUCAUCGUAACGGGAAAUUGGUGCAUCAAUUGGGACCGGCAGCUAGAGCUGCAUUAUUGGAUAAUUUAAUUGAAUCAGUGUAUGAUGAACAGCCGGAUUUCAAUUUUACAACAUGUUUCAAUAGUUCCAUAUCUACAAAUAGUGGUGGUGGUGUACGUGGUGGUGCUAAUGGUUCCGGAUCAACUGGUCUUGACCGAAUUGAUGCACAGGAUUUAUUUGGUUCUGGAGAUUUAGGAUCGGGUGAUGGAGGUAAUGUUUUUGCUGAAACAGAAGAUGUCAAUGUACUUAUUAAAGCUGGCCAGGAUGCUCAAGGAUGUAGUUACUAUUAUAUGGAUGAUUUACGUCUUUAUCGUGAACGUCCUCAAAAUGGUAUCUCAUCACAAUGGGAUGUUGUUGUUGGUCCAACAGCUGAUCAAUGGUUAACAUUUAUUAUGUCAUUAAGUCGUAAUGAAAAAGAAUAUGAUUUAUAUUGUUUUCUUAAACAAGAUUUAUUUGAAUUAGUUAAAGAAAGUUUAGAUGCAUUAGAAUUGCAUACACCAAAUAGUGAAUUAGAUUCAAAUUAUUUACGUACAAAAGAAUUAAAUGAAUUAACUGAAUUGAAACGACGUCAACUAGGUAUAAAUCAUAAAUCUUUAGUUGAAAAUGAUAAAUUAUCAUUAAAUAGUAAUAAUAAUCAUCAUCAUCAUAAUACAGUCAAUCAUCUUAAUGUAAAUGGUCCAAAAAGUGCAUCACCCGCAUUUUCCGGUGGUCAUGGUAUCAGUGGAAUUGGAAGUUCUGGUAGUUCUACAUCUGGUGCACCACUUACGCCUAGUUCAGCUCGUACACCAACAUCUGCACCACCUGCAUCAAGUAUACAACAACAAUUAUCAUUACCACCUCCUUCUUCAGAUUGUUUAGAAACUUUACAAACAUCAAUGAAAACAGAGUCUUCUUCUGGUACAAAUCUAACGAAAAUACGAACAUUAUCUGGUCAAUCACCUUGUUGUGAUACAGAUUCAAUGCAUUUACCAAAAUCUGAGGUUAAUGUUUCGCUUGAAUACACCAACAUAUCAUCAUCUGGAUCAGUUGUCAGCUCUAAUCAUCAUGAUUCCUUUAUGAAUACUACCAGUCAUUCUGUAACUUCUUCAUCGACAAAUCAAUACAACUUAUCUUCACCAUCACCUGUGGUUGCUAAUGCAACAAAAUCUGGGUAUACAUCGUUAACUGGUGGCAGCAUCAAUAAUAAUAUAUCGAAUACUAAUGAAACAAUAAGAAAUUCAGAUGAUGUUGUUGAUCAAACUAUUGUAUCAAUGCAAAAUAAUAGUAGUUCAGUGGUUUGUGAAUCUAUCACAUUAUUCACUGGCACUAACACAAUAUUUACUACAACUCCUGCUGCUAUGUGUACAACUACAACCAUGAGUACUUCUAUUACUGCUACCACGACAAAUAAUAAUAAUAGUAAUUAUACUCCCACUGUUAGUGGUAUUCAGUUAUUGCCUUCCUCUCCUAGUAUAUCUACUAAUAUUACUGCUACACCUGGUGUUGUAGCCAGUGAAUCAUUAGCAUCAUGGAGUUCAUCCGGUCUUCCUAACUCCAAUUCAAAUAUGACAUCAUCAUCCCCAUCGUUCCAUCGUGAUCGCAAGUUACCAACAACAAUCAAUGAUAAUAUUGCCAUUUCAACACAACCACCAUCUUCUCAAGUACAACAACAACGAUCAAAUAAUGGAACAAUUGAAGAAAGAAAUUAUCGAUCAUAUCCUUCAUCCACUCAACAAAUAUCACAAAAUCAAAUGACUGGAAAUUGUACCUCAAAACAAUCCUAUCCAUUUGAUUCACAUAUGAUGAUGAAAGGAUCUCCAGUUGAAAUUAUCGAUCCGAUUAAUAUAAAACAACAACCUAAUAAUUCAUCUUAUUUUCGACAUAUGUGUACAGGACAACAAGAUAUUAAUUCAUGUAGUGGAUUAGAACAUUCUUCUAUUUCAUCAUCUAAUUCAAAUUCAAAACAAUGUAUUGGACCAACUACUGCUUUAGUUUCACCAAUAAUUGGUAUUCCAGAUAAUGGUUGUAUGCCAUUAACUCAAGAACAAUGGGAAAAUCGUAAGAGUAAAAUAGCACAAUUAGAAAAAAUUCAUUCAACAUUGAGUAAAAGUAAAAGUGCUUCAACACCAGGUGCUAUAACUGCAGCAACAGCUGGUGCUGUUUUACAACAACGUUUAAUGCGUAAUUCUAUGUCAAUGCAACCGCAACAGCAAUCCCAUCACCAUCAUCAUCAUCACCACCACCAACAACAACAACUGGAACAACAAUCGUUAGGGUUAGGGAAUCCUUCAGCACAACUACCACCAUCUGCUAUUAACAAUUCAUUACAAUAUUCUGAAACUGUUGGAACACGUCCGGUAGAUUUUGAAAACUAUGGUGCCUUUCGUCAGAGCGGUUCAGUUGGAGGAUCAUAUGUUAAUAAUGAGUCAGCUCAACAAGAAUGGGAUAGAUUAUGUUCUGAUUAUCAGCGUGGAAAAAGUGAUCCAUCAAUAAUGCGUUAUUCUGGACCUAGACAGAUGGGAUUUUUUGAUAUGUCCAACUGUCCAGUCCCUCCUCAUGAAGCUAAUCUUUCAUCUCAGUGCCCUAUCCCACCUAUGGCUACUGGAACUAUGAUGUUGCCUUCAGAACAAGUGAUGUUGACUGAUCAACAAACCUGCCAACCCCCGGCUUACCAAAGUGGCCCUCCAGUUGUAAUGGUUCCACCAAAUAAUUCAAAUAUAUGUUCUGGAAAUCCUGGUUAUCCGUCCUCUGACUCACUGACACUACCAACAGAAUCUUGCCGGACACUAGGUCCUAUUGGCGCAGCCGGUCCGGAUCCAAUAACUGCCGGUGUAGUACCAACUACUGGACAAAAACGUUCUUACCAUUCUGCUACAAGUAGUGAUAUUUGGUUAUCACCCAACUCAAUUCCUCUUUCUAUGUCUCCUAUUCCGAAUAACGAGAAUCCUGCUCUCGUUGGUCACAUUGAACCGGGUUCAGUGCCGCCUGUUUGUCGCGCUGGUCAAGCAUUAAAUGUUAUUCAAUCUCCUGUUGUUGGUUCUAUUCCUUCUACAUGUGUACCUAUCACUAAUACUAACCAAUCAGUUGGUGGGCGUGGUUCUGGCGUCACAAAACCAGGAACAAAAAAACGCAAAGCUGGUGCAGCAUCCGGUAGAUCUAGUGUUAUUAGCAAUACUGGUAAUUAUGCUCAGUCUUUAUCAUCCACGCAUCAACAGUCAUCACCUACCAAUCAAAAUGUUCACUGUCUUAAACAACCAAUUCCUAAUUGUGUUACAACUCCGAAUAAACCAAUGAAUCCUUCUUAUAUUGGAGAUGAAUUACCAAUGAAUCAUUUCUCUCGUUCUACACCUGGUCAUCCACGUCCUAUGCAUCAGACACCAACAGGUGGUGGUCGAUCACAAUUUCAACCUACUGAUCCUUGUGUGAUGCAUUAUUCAGACAUGAUAUGUGGACCGAAUUCUGGACAAAUUCCAGUUGAACAACAAUCUGGGAAUAUGGAAAUGAUGAUGUUGGUCAAUUCUCGUCAUGCUGGUACGCCAAAAAGUAGUGGUGAACCAUUUCCUGGUGGUACUAUCAGUCCAAGUGUAUCAUGUUCCAUCUCAAAUCUUGGAAGUCGUACAGGUUUAAAUUGCAAUACAAACUAUGGUCCAAUUAAUAAUUACGGAAACAAUGCUAAUACGAAUAAACCGAUGAAUCAUCCAUAUUUCAAUUCACCCGAUAUGAUGGGACCAAAUCCAGAUUCUAUUACUAUGAGGACAACUCCUAGUAGUACUCCAUGCACACAGCAUUUAACUUCUGCUAGUUUAGCUAGUUUAGCACGAUUAUCUCAAAUGUCUGGACCUGAAGGUCCGUACAUUCCAUCAUGUUCAGCCUCAUUUUAUAAUUCAAGCAAUGGGAAUAGUCUUGGUUCAAUACAUAGUCAUACUGUCCACUCAAAUCGUGGUGGAUCUUUGCCUCCUUUUCAUCUAGAUGGAAGUCCCGUUAUACCAGCACCACCUCAAGGAGCACAUCAUAUUAUAUCUCAAGGUGCACGCAACCAAAACUCAAGUCCUGGAAAUUGUAGCCUAAAAUCACAUUUAUGCAAUCCUAACCAAUCAUUAUCACCUAAUAUGACUCCUAAUAAUUGUAAUUUACCUCAUUCUCAAAGUAUUCCAAUAAAUUCUAAAUUUAAUCCCCAAGGCUAUCCCCAUACAAAUCCACAACUUCAACCAACAUUACAACAACAACAACCACAAAAUCCUAUGGGCACUGUCACUAAUUGUGGUUCUUCACUUCCUUCUCCACUUCCUAAUUUGCCAACACCAUCUCAACAACAGCCUCCCUCAAUUCAAGUGAAUAAUACAUUUUUUAAUGCACAAUUAAAUGUACAACAAAUGAAUUAUCAACAUGUUAGUGCACCCGGAUCAACUGGUCAAAUGCAAAUACAUUUUGCACAACAACAACCGUCAACAACACAACAUCCAGUUCCACCACCAUCAUCUCAUGAACAUUUACGUUCAGUUCGACAAUCAGAUAACAAUAAUAAUAAUAAUAGUACAAUUCGUAUGACAAAUUCGUCAAAUGAAUAUACUUCAAAUAAUCAUCCAUUGUUAUACAAUACUGAUGGAGUUAAUCAUCAUUCUCAUCAUCAACGUGUUGUUGAUUGUCCUUCAAAAUCUGAAAUUCCUGGAGUUAUUCCAUCCAGUUCAGUAAUUACUUCAUCUGUUGCAUGUACACCUUUAGGAUCCUCAGUUGUUGGUGGGGGUAGUGCUGGUUAUGGUAAUGCAAGUAUUCAAAUUACCCCUAGAACACCACAUACAAUUCAAUAUCUUCCAACUGUCGCUCCUCAAGUUUCUAACAAUCAAGGACCUUCAGGUAUAUCACCUGGACCAAACCAAAUACAAAGAUCUAGUUCUGUACGUAGUUAUCAAUAUAUGCCAUCUGAUAUAGAUAAUAAUAAUAACAACACCUCGCAUGUUACUGAUAACUCUAUUCGCCAUCCUACCUUUCAGUCAAAUCAUCAAUCUUAUCCUACUAAUCAAAAUAUUCCUGGACAAUUUUAUAAUUCAAAUCAACAUCAUUAUUCAUCCUCUUCUCAAUCGGUUAUUCCACAAACUUAUCCAUCUAGUCUUCAAGGUCAAAGUAAGCAUUCUCAAAUUACUGGUCAAUUUCCUGGUGGAGGAAGGCAUAAUAUUAAUAACAGUAAUAAUUCAACAUUUGGAUGGAAUGAUACAAGUUUCGAUUCAAAUCCAUUAGGUCUAAAUUCAUUGACAGCAUCGUCAACUAACGAAACCGGUUUUAAAUCUUCAAAUUGUAAUCAUCCAAGUCAACCCACUGAUAAUCGUUUGGGUAGAAGUAUUAAUCACCCAGUAAUACGUGAUACUCAGAUGAAUUAUUCAGCUUGUAGCAAUAAUAAUAGUAAUAAUAACAGUGACAUAUUAUCAACAUCUAUGUCUACUAAGAUGGAUCCAUCCACUGAUAUCAUAUCUCAUCAAAUGUUCACAAAUUCAUCCGAUAUACCAUCAGUACAACAACGUGUUCAUAUGAAUCAACACUCACAACAAUAUCUCCGUCAUUCAUCUAUCAACGAUGGUGGUAAACCUCAAUCCUACUCCUCAUCAUCUACACAACAACCACAACAUCACCAAUCAAGUCAAAUUCAUCAACAGUAUUAUCAUCAUCAACAACAACAUCAUCAAAUGAUGAUGUCUUCAUCAUCCAUGUGUGAUUAUUCCGGUAGUAGUAGUAAUAAUGGUAAUAAUAGUGAUUGGAGUUCUACAAAUCAAGUACAGUUUGUAAUGUCAAAUUCUACGUUGAAUUCUACAAUGUAUAGUAGUCAUAGUAAUAAUAUUGUAGAUAAUAUAUCUGUUAGUGGUGCUGUUGGUAGUAUGAUGGAAAAUUCUACAAAUAUAGGACAUACUACUAAUGCUAACAGUAAUAGUGGUAACUCAACACCUAACGUUAAUAAUAGUAAUCAUAAACGUCCAUCAGUAGUAAAUCCUAUGAAUGGUGAGAUGAAACAUAAUAUUUCAUUGAAUUCCCAUUCACAACAUCAUGCCUUGCCGUCCCAUCCACAACAAUCUCAACAAAUGAUGAUGGUUAACAACAAUAAUAAUAGUAGUAGUAAUAAUAGUAGAUCAAACUGGUAUCCUCAUCAAUCGACUGGCAAUCAAAUGACAUUCACUUCGAUGUCAUCAUCAUCAGCAUCAACAAAUGCAAGUCGAGAAAUGUAUUCUGGUCAAAUGCAUAAUACUAAUAAUAGUAAUAAUACUAACUUCUCAUUAAACACAUUACCAUCAGUUACUGGUAACCAUCCAUCGGAUACAUCAUUUGGAACAAUUGGUAUGGUGGAUAAUAAUAAUAAUGGUAGUGGAAAUAGAAGUAUACUUAGACAAUCACAAGAUACUUAUGAUAAUUCAUUACCUAUAUCUUCUAUGUCAUCAUCAUCCUCAUCAACAUCUUCAACGCAACCUUAUUCAUCAUCCGUUGUUUGAAAAGUAUAAAACAAGUUAUCAUUGAUCACUUUAAACAUACACACACAUACAUACACUAACAUCAAGACUUUUUUUUUAACCAAAAUAUUGGAUCUCAUUUCUUUUCCCUUAAUCAAACAUCAUAUGUGCAUAUUUGUCUUAUAUCAUGAAUAAUAAUGGUAUCAACAGUUGUAUUUGAUUUAUAAUGGGAACUUGUUUUGUUUUGUCCUUUCUUCUCCCCAUCCUAUCAUGGUUACACGAUUGGUUCUCUUUGUAUAUACAUUUCUGGAUUAUAAGAUAAGUUUAUGAUUAUAUGUAACAUAACUCAUUUGUAUUUAAUACAUAAAAGUGUUCAUUAAAUAUAAUGAAUGAAGUACAAUUUUUUUUAAAACUUUUCUUUUCAUUCCUUGGUCUCUCUCUCUCUCUCUCUGUUUUCCAUUUUUAUGCUUUAGUGUGAACUCAAAUGAACAUUUGACUCUAAAUUUUAGUCUUACUCCUAUUUCAUUGUUAUCAUCAUCGUUUUCGACUCCUUUUCCUUGGCAACAUGAUCGUUGUGCUUUUCUGUUGUGUGUGUGUGGGGGGGGCGUAAGGCAAAAUGAUUUCUGAUAUAGUUUCUUUUGUUUACUUUCUUCGGCACUUUGUUAAAUCCACUUGCCUACGAAUAUUACUGCCUUUAUGGAUGUUGGUAAUGAUGGUUAUUAUUAUUAUUAUUAAUGACGAGAAUUUAAAAUUCUUGUAGUAUUUGUUAAUUAUGCAUGUGUAUAUCAUCCCUCACUUACUUUAUUGCCAAAGUAUCACACUGUUACUCUCUUUCUCUCUCUAUUUAUUUUCAUAAUUGCCUUAGUUACAAAAUAAACUGAUCUAAUUAAAAGAAGUAUUGUUUCUUUCAUAGUUCCCAGUAUUCAUGUUGCGUGUAUAUGUAUGUGUGUGUAUGUGUUUGUUUGUUUGUUUGUUUAUUGACAAAUUGUUAAUUUGCCUUCUGAUUCUGAUGAUUUCUACUCCUUUAAUUUUUUGUCUUUUUGCCUCUUUAUAAGUAAACUAUGGUAGAAUGACAUCACUUAUUCCUUACAUGUGUGUGUAUGUACAUGUUCAAACUAGGAUGAUCAUUAUUAUUGGUAGUGUUGUCAUUGUGUUUAUGCAUAGUUACUGUAUAAUAAUACACAUGUGUGUGUAUGUGCGGCGGGUCUCUAUCUCUUUCCUUCUACCCUUUUUUCUUUGAUAUCCAGUCAUUCAUGAUUCAUUUAUUCUUUCUGUUUCUUUAGAAUUUUCUUUCUUGUAUAUGAUAUUUUAUGAUACAUCUAUCUAAGAAAUGAGAAUGUAUCAAACUGAUCAUCAUUAGUUAUUCGUUUCAUCAUUUCUUAAUUCAAUUUAUAAAGAUGAAUGAAUGAAUCGAUUGAUUGAUUAAUUGAUCGAUUGAUUGAUUAUUGAUUUCUUUUCUUUUUUUUUUACAUCAUCAUCAUUAUUAUUAUUAUUAUUAUUUUAUCAUGUUAGAGUUUUUCUUUCAUUAGUACUUUUAAAAUUGUUCAACUUGCAAAUAUACAUAAUGGUUCAUUGAUACCAUUUACUCUAUCUAUACAAUUUGUUUUAUAAACAUUGAAAACCCCCUUUCCAUUAUUAUUGUAAUGAUUUUUUUUUGUUACUAUCCCCCCACGAUUUCGUUACAAUUACAUUCAUGUUCUCCUUACUCUAUAGGUUCUUUUAAAGUUAUUAUAUAUAUAUAUGCUUGUAUAUGUAUAAAUAUGAUUGGAAAUGUGUGUGUGUGUGUGUGUGUUAAAAUAUAAGCCAAUCAUAGAGGAGCACUAUGUAAUUGUUUAUUUUAUCUCAUUUUUUUUCUUAUUCCCAUUACUUAUAAUUAAGUAAAUAUUGAUAUUGUGUGCAUAUAAUGGGGGGGGGGUAAAUUUGUUUUGUAUACACUUUAAACUAUGCAGCUGAUUAACCAUUUUGUCUUUUUUUUUUUUAAAAAAAAAGAAAAAGUAAACAAAUAAACAAACAAACAUUUCAUCUUUUGAUUUCAAAUAUAGUUCAAUGUUAUACAUAUACACACACUCAAACAUGAUUACCAUAUCUUUCUUUGAUAAUAGAGAAGGUUGAAUGAUAGUUCUUAUUUAUAUGCGCACACGAUCUCCUAUAUAUCUAUCCUGUUUGUUUGUUUUCCUCCCUCUUUUCUUACAUUCUAUCACAAUCUAUAUUCAUAUAUGCACUCAUACACACUUCUUAAUUUCAUUAUCAAUCUUUGUUUUUUUUUGUUUUUUGACAAGAGACAAUUCUAAUACCUACCUGUAUUAUAUAAGAACGAUAUAACAUGAUUUUGUUGUUGUUGUUGUUGUUGUUGUUUACUUUUUAACUUGCCACUGAAUAUAAAUGAAGGGUGUGUUUCUUUUUCUCUCUUUCUAGUUUUGUUUGUUUCUCUGUUGUUUAUUUAGUGGGUGCGGGGGGGGAUUACGUAUAGAGGGAUAAUAAUGAUAUUGUGGGGGUUAGUUACCUAUCACUAGUUUCUCAUUUACUGCAAAGUUGAGUCUAGGAUUGUUACAUUGUGAUGCUUUUUGAAGGAUAAUAUUUUUAAUUAGCAUAGAUCAUACGCUCAGAUUGUUUGGUUGGAAUUUAGUUGACAUUCAUAGAUUGGCUUUGGGUGAAUGCCGAUUCAAUCACCCACGAUCAACUUGUAAGCCGUAAAGUUGUUUCGUUCGAUUUCUGAUAAAGUUGUAGAGUCCUACACUAGGAAAAAGCACUUUUAUAAUGUUCUUCAGCUCACAACAGUUGUCUAACUAGGUUGUUUCCAUGAUAUAAACUACUUUUAAAUAUCGGCAUUUAAGUGUGCAUUCAGCUGAUUAAUCCUGAGUAUGACAGAACACGCUCUAGACAUUACUCAGAAAUAUGAUUAAGUUACUAAUAGGAAUAAUUUUGUCAAAACGGAUAAUAAAUAUGUAUCAAUAUUAUGUGGAUAGGACACACAUUGAGGAA